AUUUGACGUAAACUGACAUUUAAGAUUAAAGAAAUUCUUUAGAUUAUGUGUCAUCCAAAUUUCGACGUAAUUGCCGUAUAUACUCUACUGCAUCAACAAGCAAAUGCAUCUUUAGCAAAUUUUAAUCGUUUAUAUAUUUUUUGACGUCUCAUAUAUUUUCUUUUAUCAAAAUGUUUGGACUUAAUUUUCGUCGAAAUUUGGAGUCAACAUUUAACAAAAUUUUACCGACAAAACCCUUUAAUAUGUGUGGCGUGAGGCAUAUACGAGAACCUUUACAACCUUUAAAACGAUGUCCACGAUGGGUUUGCGUAGAAGAUGCAGUGAAAAUUAUCAAUUCAGAGCAUCUUGUUUUUAUACAAGGAGGUGCAGCAACGCCUAAUGAAUUAAUACGUGCUAUGACUGAACAUGGUGUUUGCAAUAAUUUACGUGGAGUACGAUUAAUACAUAUGGGUCUUGAGGGUGAUGCACCAUUUGGAAGUCCUGAAUUUGAGAAACAUUUUAGAUCUGUAAGCUUUUACAUCAGUGCUAAUCUUAGAGAGGCUGUUAAUGAAGGCAGAGCAGAUUAUAUUCCAAUAUUUCUUCACGAAGUACCAAAACUUUUUUACGAGAAGAGAAUUAUUCCAGAUGUUGCAUUAAUUCAAGUCAGUGUCCCAGAUGCUCGUGGUUUUUGUUCUUUAGGUGUAAGCGUGGAUUGUACGCGUGCUGCGAUUAGUUCAGCCAAAGUUAUUAUUGCUCAAGUUAAUGAACAUAUGCCAAGAUCAUUUGGGGAUACUGCUAUUCAUUCUAGUCAUAUUGAUUGGGCUGUCAAAUAUGACUGUCCUUUACCAUGCGUAGCUAGUACUCCACCAAAUGAGAUUGAGCAAGAAAUUGGCAAGAUAAUUGCACAAAGGUUAAUAGAUGAUGGAGCAACCUUACAACUUGGGAUUGGUAACAUACCUGAUGCUAUUCUCUGUUCUCUUGGUAAUCAUAAAGACUUGGGAGUGCAUACAGAAAUACUUGGUGAUACAAUGGUAGAUUUAGCAGAACGAGGAAAUAUUUCAAACAAAAUGAAAAUAAAGCAUAGAGGACGUACGGUCAGUUCUCUGGCAAUUGGUACGAAAAGAGUAUAUGACUUCUUACAUAACAAUCCAUUUGUAGAAAUGCUUGCAAUUAAUUACGUAAACGAUCCUCGAGUAAUAUUACAACAACCUAAAAUGACAGCUAUUAAUUCUUGUAUAGAAAUGGAUAUUACUGGUCAAAUAUGUUCAGAUAGUUUAGGUUGUAAAAUGUACUCUGGAUUUGGUGGCCAACUUGAUUUUACUCGAGGUGCGGCAUUGGGCCAGGAUGGUCGAGGAAAAGCCAUAAUUGCGUUCCCUUCAGUAACAAGUAAAGGAGAAAGUAAAAUUCAGCCAGUAAUCAAACUUGGAGGUGGUAUCGUGGUAACGAGAGCACAUGCACACUACAUAGUUACUGAGCAUGGUAUAGCAAAUCUUUUUGGUAAAACGUUACGUCAAAGAGCAAAUGCAUUGAUUCAAAUUGCUCAUCCUGAUCAUAGAGAAUGUCUCGAAAAAGCUGCGUUUGAAAGACUUAAAUCUAAUCCAACGAAAUAUUUAUAAUUUAUAUGUAAAAAUUAUAUAGCUUAUAAAAUUUUGUAAUACCAUUUAAUGCUCAUUGCACAUAGAAAAGGUUUUUUACCUUAAUGUUUGUGUUACAAAAUUUUUGCGUGAAUGUCCUUUUUGCAUA